AUGGAAUAUCAUCAUCGUCAUAUGGAACAACCACCAUUGCAGGGUCAGACACAGCCCCCCCAGUGGGGGUACGGCUGGGGUCCACCGGCUGCUCCUGCGCCACCUGCGCCAGCGCAAAGAAAUAAAAGGACUCACUCUGAAAGUGAAGACGAUGCCUUUUCUGAAGAAAGUAGUAGUAAAGAUGCACAAUCUCCAGGUGGCGACUCGUGUCAGUUAAUGACGCGUAAGCGACGUCGCGGGGUCAUCGAAAAGAAGCGACGGGAUAGAAUCAACACAUCGUUGACAGAACUAAAGAGACUGGUACCAGCCGCUUGCGAGAAGCAGGGCAGUGCGAAACUGGAAAAAGCUGAAAUCCUACAACUUACUGUAGACCACCUUAAGAUGUUGCAUGCUAAAGGACUGGACACGUUCGCUUACGAUCCACAAAGAUAUGCUAUGGACUACCACAGUAUAGGCUUCAGAGAAUGCGCUGCUGAAGUAGCGAGGUACCUAGUUAGCUGUGAAGGUCUCGAUAUCCAAGAUCCCCUUCGGCUAAGGUUGAUGAGUCACCUGCAGUGCUUCGCUGCACAGCGAGAGUUAGCAGCGAAGUCAGCAAACUGGGGAUACCCUCAGUAUCCGUCAGCGCCCGUCCCUCCACAACCACAACAUGGGUACACUGAACUAGGACAUAGACAAGAGCCAGCGACCUCAACAGCAGUAACAGCGGUGUCGGCGCCGGCGAUAGCUCCACUCUCAGCCCCUCCAAGCUAUCCACAUUAUCCUCCGGGGCCACCAGCGCCUCCUGCACCACCCGGUCCUCACGCUGCCCCUCCUGCACCUCAUUAUCCAGCGCCGUACCCCCACCAUCCUCCCCAUCACCAGUAUUCACAGAACAGUUCCAAACCUUAUAGACCAUGGGGUGCGGAAUUAGCAUAUUAG